CCGGUUCUUCCUUGAUUAAAUUUAAGUUAAGGAUCGGCGUUUCCUCCCUCGGAUUCUACGCGUUCGGGUUGAACAAUACGCCUUGUGUAAAAAGGGGCUAUUGAAACUUGGUUAAAAACAACACACAAAGCACAGGCGAUAUGAGCCGCAUUACGCUGCCGAAGUUAAUAAACACGCCAGCCACGGAGGAUAGAGGACGAACGUGCACGGACAGCCGGGCUGACCACAGGAAUCUAAACGGAGAAAUGUUGACAGCAGCACGAAUGGUGGCGCCCUCCAGGGAGCCGUCGUCAACGAGCGAUCACGUGGCCAUCACCUCGCGACCUGAAGCUGCCAUAGGUCGCAUUACCCGGAAAUUGUACUCCAGGACAAAAUUGUCUCAACCGGAACUGGAUCUUUUGUCCAACACCUGUCAGUUCGAAGACGUCCCGGCUUUAUUGGAACCAAAUGCUGAUGAAGACGUCGUCGACGACCCGUCCCAGAGUAAAGACCGUGGGGAUAUUUCUGAAGCGUUUCCAAAAUCCCAACAGAAAAAGUUAGCCCAAAAGAAGAAGGUCGUCCCAUCACCGGAGGAGAACGCCACGGGUUUAUUGGCUUUGACUGAUAUUUUGUAUAGGACAGAUUAUUCUCACAUGGUGCAUUUGAAGAAAAAACAAUGCGUGCCAAAAAGAACGAAAGUGACGGAGUAUAAUCUGAAAGAUGAAGAGAUUUGCGUGCUGAAAAAGUAUAAGUCGGAACUAGUCAGAGAGUUAAAGAUAUGCCGUGACGUUAUGCUGCAUAGAGCACGAGAAACCAUCACGACAGACGACGAGAAAAUGGCCCUCACCAUUGACGUUGACAGUUUGAAAAUAUUGCAGACACUUAUGGAUAGAAAGUAUAAAGAGCUCUGUGACUUCAAAACCACCCUGUGUAAAGAAACGCUUUUGACGCUUCAGAAACUUGAUAAAAUGGUGGCCACUCCGCUAAGAUGGGAAAUAGAAAAGGCGGGACUGGGAGAAAUCGUAAUGGAACAAUUGGAAAGCAAUAUGGCCGCGCUUAACGCUCUCAAGGUACAGAAGCGACAUUGUGAAGAGACAAUUGAAGAAGCCAACCGAUCUCUACAGAAAUGUGCCAAAUCGAAAUUUCAAGCUCCGAUACGCAGCGAUCUAGACAAAUUUAUUGAGAAGUACAAGAAUAAGAUUACAGAAAUAGAAAAGGAGAUGGCUGAAGUCGAACAAAGAGUCGAGAAGUGCCGAAACUCAGCUGACCUACCAAAGACGGGAACUGAUAAUAAAGGUUCCCGAGCUCCUGCUCAAAAUCUCAUGGACAAAGUUCAAAGUCUGCUGUCCCGGACUGAAAACAACUUGGACAACCUUCUCAAGAAACUUUACGACACUAUAGCCACGCACGAAAGAACGAUUGCCGAUUGUCGUAACACAAUUGCUCAACACGAGGGAACGAUUUCCGAUCUCACAACCAAAAACUUCGAGCUCACAAACACAUUACAUAACACACAAGCUAACUUACAGGAGACUACGAGGCUAUGGAAACUGGACCAGGAUAAGCUCGCUGGAUGCCGGUCGAAAAUCGCCGACCAGGAGCUUAAUCUCGAGUCCCUUAUAGACCAUCGCGCCGCUCUCAUGGUGGAAGUGGGCGAACUCAAGAACACGAUAAAAGACAGAGAAGCCACCAUUGCUCGAAUGUUUGAGGAGAUUAACGCGAUGAAGAAGGAGAGAUAUAAACUCCAAGUGACCGUGAAAGAAAAGGAGUGCUUUAUUUCGGCUCUCCAGAAAGAGAGAGGUGACCUUAGGAGAGAAAUACUGGACAGGAAGUCACUUGUUCCACUAAAUUUAGUAAAAUAUUAA